AUGACGACGAUGGAUUCAGCUCCUCGUCUCACCGACACGUCGGCUGAUCUUCUCAGCUCACUUCCAUCCUACCCAACCUCCAAAGAAGAUUGGGCCAGCAGCCCUACAAGGGUCACUCGAAGACAUUCGCGCGUCCUCAGCCCCACAUCGCUCGCCAGCGGCCCCUCGCCGAAGAUGCGUCUAGUACCGCUCCAUGAAGACUCACAGGCGAAUGCAGGCGAAGCCCCGUCGAGCUCUCGCGGCAGAAGCUUCUCCCUCGCCAAGGUCUUUGGCUCAAAGAAGAGUAACAAGGAAAGGUCUGCCUCUGUAGAUCCCGUCUCCACCAUCCCUCCUCGUCCUGCCCCAAGUCAGCAGCGAUCUCCUUCGGCACUUCCCUCACUGCCUUCAGCUUCAACGAUUGUCGAUGAUACCGAUCCGCAAGCAGCAAUAAGAAGACUAGAGUACGCACGACAGCUCCAUACCGCCUCGGCUGGUACCUCUUACUUGCCUACGCACUCCCAAGCGCCGAUGUACCGUCAUCGUGUCAACCAGCCCUUUCAACCUUCCGCUCGCUUCGCAGCCGCCAUCUCCGUGGGCUUCUCUCCGGCGCAAGCCAACGCCAUUCUCGCCGUUGCUGCACCUCCUAUGACUCCUCACACCAAGUAUGGCAUGCCCAGGUUGCCUCGAGGCACGCUGAGUCCUGAGAAGCUUCUGUACCUCGACUGGGCUCUGAACUACGUCGCAAAUGAGAGGGGUCAGCAGGAUGCGGGCGCCCGACCUGAAGUUGAGCAAGAAACAAGCGACCCCUUCCGAAGCAGGCAAAGGUAUACCCAAAGUCAGCUGCCGUCUGACCCUGCGACGGGCUCGAUUGCUGUCGCUCCAAAAGGAAACCACAUGGAGACCGCCGACGCAUCGUCGAUGCUUGGACUCCACAAGGGCUCCGUCGAGGACAGUAGGGAACCAGGCGUAUGGCAGACGUCUGCCGCCUCAGCGGACCAGCAAGAGAACAGCGCUGUCCCCGCUGGGUGGAUCUCAUCCACAUCUUCCUCUUCUGCUUACUUGUCUGCUACAUCUCUCGCUCUUCCUGGUCCUCAAGAAUAUCGACCCCGACUGUGUGCCUCGUCACGCUCCGACUCAGCGGACUCCUGUCCUUCUAGCUCGAACUCGCACAUUCAAGCUCGCAUCCUUGCAGAUCUCGCCUCGGACGAAGGCACAGGCUCAGAGAGCAGCUGUGAGGAGACGAACGAGACUGAGAUCUUGCUAGACGAGCAAGACAUGCAGGUUUCCAAAGACGCAAGGGCAAAGCACUUCAGUGUGGAUGUCCCUCACGCCGAUUCCAGGGCGGGGAGAAGGAGGUCGAGCGUCAUGAGCGGAAUCCUAGGGACCGUGACGUCUCCUGUCGCUCAGAACAUUGGGUUCCCCAAUGUCGCCUCCACUACUCCUCCGAAGAUUGGCUUGCUGGGUCCUUCAUCAGUCGACGAGAAUGCAGCGUGCCUGGCUCCUCUGGGCCCUUCACUAGCUUCUCCAAGUACCUCGUCGGACAGCACUUUCCUCCGUCGACCAUCGUGGACUUUCGUGGGUCGUCGCACAAGUGUCAGUCAGACUGCAAGAGCUUUUGGCAGUCUUCUGGAAGCUGGCGGAGACAGUCAAGGAGACUCGUAUGACACGACGUCUCGCACCAGUUGUGAGCCUUACAGAGCAUCGGAGCCUGCUCCCAGUGCGGACAAGAACGGCUCAACAAUAGCCGGGUCUCCUCGCUGGUCGCCCCGACCACGCCUCCUCAGCCUAGGCCAAGCAAAGAAUCGUUUGGAGCAGGCUCUUCUUGGUAUUCCAGCUCCUGGACCAAAAUAG